AUGGCGAAGCAUCAUCCUGAUCUCAUCAUGUGCCGGAAGCAGCCUGGCAUUGCUAUUGGUCGCCUGUGUGAGAAGUGUGAUGGCAAGUGCGUCAUCUGUGACUCGUACGUGCGCCCAUGUACGCUUGUCCGGGUCUGCGACGAGUGCAACUACGGCUCGUUCCAGGGAAGGUGCGUCAUCUGCGGCGGAGUUGGCAUCUCAGACGCCUACUACUGCAAAGAGUGCACGCAGCAGGAGAAGGACCGAGAUGGGUGCCCCAAGAUUGUCAACCUUGGAAGCGCCAAGACCGAUCUCUUCUACGAGCGCAAGAAGUACGGUUUUAAGAAGAGAUGA